AAAAAACUUUAAAGAGCCAACUCCCUUCGAUCACUUCAAAGAGCCUUAUCUAAGAGCCGGAUCGUUCGCGGACGACCCAUCACUGGAAGUCUGACAGCCUCGCCAUGGCGGAAUCUGAGAAGCAGUCAGGAGCCACUCCUGAGGAUGAACCACCUGAAGUCAUAACAACCUUCAUGGUACCCAAGAAAGAAAUUAGCAUGGUCCCCGACAUGGGAAAGUGGAAGCGGUCUCAGGCUUAUGCUGACUAUAUGGGAUUCGUUCUGGCUCUGAAUGAAAGCGUGAAGGGAAAGAAGCUAACAUGUGAAUAUAAAGUUUCCGAGACUGUGGAGAAGCUAAUCCAACUUUUGGGGACUCUGGAUCGAUGGAUUAGUGAAACCCCUCCUGUUGACCAGCCGUCUCGCUUCGGUAAUAAAGCGUUCAGGAACUGGUUUGCUAAACUCGAACAGGAAGCAGAAGAUCUGGUGUCAGCACUGCUACCUGCUGACAAAAAAGCGGCAGCUCCAGAGAUAGCGGUGUACCUGAAAGAGUCUGUAGGAAACUCCACCAGGAUAGACUACGGAACAGGUCACGAAGCAGCUUUUGCGGCAUUCCUCUGCUGUCUCUGUAAAGUCGGAGCUCUCAGGGUAGAUGAUCAGCUGGCGAUUGUUUUCAAGGUUUUCAACAGGUAUCUCUUUGUGAUGCGGAAACUUCAGCGGACUUACAGAAUGGAACCAGCAGGAAGCCAAGGUGUAUGGGGCCUGGAUGACUUCCAGUUUCUGCCUUUCAUAUGGGGCAGCUCACAGUUUGUUGAUCACCCAACCCUAGAUCCACGGCACUUUGUUGAUGAGAGAGUGGUCAACGAACAUCACCAAGAUUACAUGUUUCUGGAGUGCAUCAAGUUUAUAAAUGAGAUGAAGACCGGACCAUUUGCCGAGCACUCCAACCAGCUGUGGAACAUCAGUGCUGUUCCGUCCUGGUCCAAAGUCAACCAGGGACUGAUCAGAAUGUAUAAAGCUGAGUGUUUGGAGAAGUUCCCGGUGAUCCAGCACUUCAAAUUUGGCAGCCUGCUGCCUAUCCAGCCAUCAAAGCCUUGAUAGUCAUUGACAAGUUCAAGGGGAAAAAAAAGACCAAACUCCACGCACAUAAGGUCAACCAUCUUCCCUUCACCUAUCGUCAUGUCCAAAUGUGAUCAUGAAAGUUUGACAGAGCAUUGCAGGUAGGAUCUCCACAUGUUUCAGCACCUACCCAUCUAAAUGCAACAGGAUAAAAAAUACUAUUUUGGACCAGGUUAAAAAUGUUCAAUCUUGCUGCAUUCCUGCCAUGUUGCAGGCUAGCCAAAUUGCCCAGGAGUGUGGGGUCCUUCAGCGGGCCGCCCCAACCACCUCCAGAUGUCAAAUGGCAGCAGAUAUGAGUUCUGUUCAUGGCCUUCGCCACUCAAGUCCGAAAUUAUGUACGAAGAGAUCUAAAAGCAUCUUUCUAUUUUUGGCAUUUUAUUUAUAUACUGGAUCAGACUCCGUUUUUGGAGGGAAUUAUAUAGGUUGGGGGGGUUUUGGUGUAAGAAACUAAAAUGUCUAUCCACACCAGGGGAUUUAAAAAAAACACUCACCGGCUGUCAUUCACAUUUGGUCUAAUGGGAAGCCUGAAGAAGCAACCGCAGCAUUAAUACAGUGGAUCCCCGCACAUUUGCAAUACUGCACAAAUUCUCACAAUUUUGUUGAAAAUCAUUUUUUAUUACAACACAUCUCAUUCACCCUAAAUCGGUAAGAAUUUGUGAUAAUACAGGAAAAAUGUACAGCAUACCACUGUUAAAAACACCCACGUUUUUUUUGCUUGUUUGUCUUUGUUCUUUACUGAUGAUUUUUCUUCAAACGCUGCAAUUUCUUUUGUCGGGUGAUCCUUAAAAGCACCACAGCUGUGUGCUGAGGUGAAUAGUGUACAUUUCAUACUUUAAAUGUGUUCAAUUAAGGUGUGAGGUAUAUUUGGCGAUUAACAUGCAUUGUGCGUGAGAACAAUAGCAAUUGAACAGAGAGAGAAGGGAGCGUACUGGAGCCGAAUCUCAUUUAAAAAUGACAACAGUCACUUUAAUUGCAAAUAUUGAUCAGAAACCAAAGGAGAACAUCAACUUCAAGCUAGCAUGAGUGUCACAAAUGGAUAUUUUUAUGCUGGGAUUUUCACGAUUCACUGGUGGAUCCAGGACGGAACUCUCAAGCGGUGUAAUAUAUAUAUAUUAAAUGUACAAUGAUGUGAACAUUAUCUGAACAAUCAGUGCUUAGAUUGUUUCAUCUCCUGUGUGUCACAAAAUGAAAUCAACACUAGCAAGUCAAUAACUUCAAUACUUGUGUUUUGUUGUUAAACAAGGUUUAAACAUAGUGGUACCUUGGUUAGCAUCAUAAGCCAACACAGAGGUCUGACUUUAACCAAAACGUACUCUAACUGAAACAAAAUUUUCCCCUUAAAAAUAAUGGAAAUCCAAAAUGAAAAAUGUUUUCAGUUUUCCAAUAAUAGUUUUACAAGCAUUGGAAAUGCAUAUUGAUGAAGGAAUAAAUAAAACAUUUAAGGUUAAUUUUGCCUUCACUGAAGACGUGAUUGUUGCCAAAGAUGAGAAGUGGCAGCGAGAUCAACACGGAAACUACCUUCCUGUUUUGCUAGGAUUAUUUCUUGUUAUUUCUUGAAUUAAAUGGUGUUCCUCGCCUUCUUUAUUAAAAUGAUGCCACCUUAGGCUCCAUUUUGGCUCAUUUUGUAGCCAUGAUCAAUGAGACAAGCUAGGACUUGUGGCAUAAUUAAUUAAAACACAUGAAGAACAGAGUUAUUAACUCUGUAAUACAUUUGCAAUACAUUUGUGCGCAAUUCAAGGCAAAAUUUUGCUGUAAAUUUUCUAUGUGAACCGCAAAACACGCUAACCAAGGUUCCAUUGUACAUGAGAUAGUGCCAUACACAAAAAAGGUCUGUUGUACCCAUUCGUUCAUACACAAACGCUCAAGUAGCUGUUUUUGAAAUAAACAACAAAUAAUUCGCCGUGAGUGGUUAUGCUUUGUCAGUGUUUUUUUGUUGUUUGUGUUGUUUUUUCACUCUGUAUUUCAAAGACUCUGUUCAAAUUUGACAAACAAAUUAAAAUUUUGCACAAAUGACAAAAUAAUAACAAGAAAAGAUUGAAUAAUGCAGGAUUCUAAAUAGACAUAGACAUAGACUUUCUUUAUUGUCAUUGCACAAUAACACAGCAGUGAAAUUGCCAAUGAAAUGUCGUUG